CACCAUCAACAUGCAACACUGCAACUAUCCACCAACGACAAGUGCACCGCUGUCCUGCUCGUUUUCUUUUCCGAACGGCGGACUUCUCUAUCCAGAUCAGUGUACCGCGGUAUAUGUGACUCCGCUAUAGGACCCGCAUGUGUCACAGGAAUGCGGCGGGCGCGUGACCUUUCAGCUGAACGGAUUGCCGUGCGCUUCGGUGCAGUUGACGGCACUGUGGUUUUCGAUCCUUCUAGUCAAAGGUGCAGCGUAGGACCCGGGAUUAUUUACAGCGGUACGGUAACUGCGAUCGACAUGUAUACAGGAAUACCGUACCAUACUGCGCAAAUUACGAUGGACACCGAAAAUCUGGGACAUUGUGUAAGUUCAACGCCAUUUUCCCCCGGCACUCCUUGCAACGUUACGUAUCCUGAUCACAAUGGACCGUUCGCUCCGAUGUUUUGCGACGAAACAUUUUUUACCCCCAAUUACGUUGCUGUCGAGUGUGCAGCUUUGUACGAGCUUACCGGAUUGCCAUGCGCUCAAGCACACCCCGACGGAUCUAUAUCCGUUAAUGUCAACGGAGACGGGUGCGUUGUGGGAAGCGGAAUUACGUACAACGGCACAUUGACGGUGGGAGCUCCGUGGAUAUUCACAACCGGAACAUGGGAUGUGCAGAUGGACACUACGAAUUUGCAACACUGUCCCAUUACGACAUCCACUACUGCUGAUGAAAUUUAGAGCUGCAGGGGCGUCGAACAAAAAUUUGUUAAUUAAAAUUUAAUCGAAUUGCUAGAAAAUUAUCUAAUGAUGCACUCCGUAUCUGAAAAUUUCGUAUUUCGUGCGACAAUCCGACAAUCAAAUAUAAUCGAAAACUAUUCGUGAAUGCAUGAUUAUUUUUUUUUCGAUUGACAAUCCUGUUUUCCUGCAUUUUUGAGCCUGUGAAUCGACGAUUUUAACGGUAACAAAACAAUCUUUACCCAAUAAAAU